ACCCUUUAACUACCACUUCUGUUUCAUUAUAAAUUCAUUCAUCUGCACAUAAUAAGCAUUAAAACCCAAUUGGUGAAAAAGUUAUUAGGCUCAAUCACUAAUUAGGUCAAUCAAAUGUUAUUUUCCAUGUGGGGGCAUUGGGAUGAUGUAGGAAUGAUUUGGCUAUUUUCUUUUCACCUAAACAUUCAACUUCUUUUUCCCAUCUACCUGAUUGUAUAGCAUCACAAAGGCUUUAUUCCAGCUCAGAAACCUUUCAUCACUCCAUUUUAUUACCAUUUCUAAAAGAAAUAAACUUCUUUUUCUGUAGACAACUAAACAUGCAAUCUUCAACUUUUUUAUUUCUUUUUUUCCUUUAGUCUUCAUGAUCAUCCCUAGCUGACUCAUCCUACAAAAGCUCAGUUGUUUCCUUUUAACCAUAUAUAUAUAUACUCAUUUUGAAUACAUUCAUUCAUCAACCAAAUUCCUACACCUCUUCAACUUUUUUUACAACCUAGAAACAAAAUCCUCAAAGGCAAGAACAAGAUAUAACACUAAAAUGAAUACUUCAUUUCUUCAUGAGCUACUUAAUGGGAUCUCUAUCAGCUCAACAUAUCCGGCUGGGAAGUCCUCAAAGAGAUUCUUGCCCGAUUCUUCUGGAAAAUACUGCAAGUCUAUCACAAAGUCAAAGAAAGGUAAGUUAAAUUCAGUUCUGACUAAGAUGACAGAUACUGUAAAAGGGAAACUGAGGCUGGGAGCAAGAAUUCUUCGGGUUGGCGGAGUAGAGAAAGUGUUUAUGCAACUCUUUAGUGUUACAGAUGGAGAGAAGCUAUUGAAAGCAUCACAGUGUUACUUAUCAACCACAUCAGGUCCUAUAGCUGGCCUCCUCUUCAUAUCCACUCACAAAGUUGCUUUUUGCAGUGAGAAAUCCAUCAAGAUCGCUUCCCCAAAAGGAGAAUUCAUUAGAGUCCAAUAUAAGGUCUGUAUUCCACAUGAAAAGAUAGAGCAUGUCAACCAAAGUCAAAAUAGGAAGAAACCUUCAGAAAAGUACAUAGAAAUAGUCACCGUAGAUGAUUUCGACUUCUGGUUUAUGGGUUUUUUUAAUUACCAGAAAGCUUUAAGAUAUCUCCAACAGGCUAUCUAUGAAUCUCAAAGAGAAAAGUUGUAGAAAUAGUCAAAUCAUUUAUCCUACUGCUUCAUCAAUUAUUUUUUGAAGUUGCAGAGGUUCCAAAUAUAUACAAAUAUUUUACAAAAGCUACUUGUUUCUUAAACUCUUGGUUCCAUGAUCUAACAGAUGUUUCAGUCUAUACAUAAAAGGGUGGCAACAAAUAUGUUUUAAUGCUUAUUUUAGUUAGCAUUAAGUUCUUUUACAUAGAUCAUUAACAUCUGUCUUUCUUUCAAGAGAACAGCAUAUGAUCUCCACUUUUCAUACUGAAUUUUCACUAUCCAAUAAUAAAGACUGCAAAUCUUAUCUUAGAAAAAA